UGAAUUCUUCCAGCAAAAUACCUCAUGAUAUAAUAUUUGAAAUAUUCUCAUGGCUUCCUGUCAAGUCGUUAAUGUGUUUAAAGUGUGUUUCCACAUUGUGUAAAUCAAUUGUACCGGAAUCAGAUUUUUUGGAUAUCCAUAGAUGUCGUUCUACUGGGACAAAAUUCAUCUGAAAGGAGAAGAAGUUUAUUACACCGCGGAGGAAAAGGAAGAUGGAAAAGAAUCUGCCUCCCUUCUUCAAGUUGAUAAAUUUAAUAAUAUUUACAAUCGUAUCCCUACAAAUUCUCAUUUCAGUUCAUGCGUUAAUGGAUUAUUUUGUUAUUGGAGAUCAUCAUCUAUCCUAAUUUUCAAUCCCAGCACAAAAGAACUAAGAUUUCUGCCCCAUUUAAAGAAACAUAUUCUUUGGUGUAACUAUUCAUUAGGUUUUGAGCCAAAAGAAAACAAGUACAAAGUUGUCUCAGCAGAAUAUCAUGCUCAAGAAGGAUACAUAAAAUACUGGAUUUUCACUUUAGGCAUAGACAAAUCAUGGAGAGAGACUCAAAGCGUUUUAUCUUGUUUUCCGUCUACUAGUCCCAGUGUUUGCAUUAGUGGAGUUAUCUAUCAGUUCAUCUAUGAGUCUGUUAUAAAUGGUUACAAAUCUGCUAUUGUUGCAUUUGAUGUUAAAUCUGAAAAUUAUGAAAUCAUUGCAUUGUCGGAAGCAUUCAGGAUGCACUGUCACGAGCUGAUAGAGGUGAUGGGUAAAUUAGCAACCAUAGAUUAUGAUUAUGAAAGCAGGCAAAGUGGAUAUUUGGACAUGUGGAUUUUAGAUUAGACUCCAAGAAAACAAUGGGAGAGACAUAUCAUUCGUUUUCCCUUGAUAUGGAUUGAUAAAAAACCUAUAGUUUUAUCAUCCUGCACUCCUAGUAAUGGGGAGAUUGUAUUUUUCAUGUACUUAAGUCCAAGAGUUGUCAGUUGUUUCUCUUAUGAUGUCAUAAGAAAGAGUAGGAGGGAAUUAAAAAUCAAGGGUUUUCCAAAGGAAAACAACAUCAACGGCAUUUAUAGUUAUGUUGAAAGUCUUGUUUCCUUUGGAUAAUUUUGUUCAAACUGAAAGGCAUCACAAGUGCUUGUUUGUCCUUUUUCUUUUGAA